AUGCAAAGUGUACAAGUAACUUUUAGGCUUAUUUGUUAUCAUAGAUCCGGAAGCUUAAUAAAAUUAAAUAAUUCAAAAUACACAACAAUAAAGUGUUUAACCGGCCGUACAUAUAUAACCACAACCGCAAAGAAAGACGCCACCGUCAAAACCACUCCUGGUCCGAUUAUAACGUCAUCGAAAGUACAGGUUCCGAAAAAGUCAAAAAAAAGCGAUAUAUAUGAUCCCCCAAAAUUAGGUGUUCUUGCAGCGUACGACGAAGCUUUGAAAUAUAUCAAACAAGAUCAGGAGGAGAAGAAACGAAAAAUUGCAAGACUUGAAGAUCUUAUAUCGAAAGAGGAAACAAACCCUUCUUCUGAUUAUUCUAUACAGAAAUUAAAAAAACGGAAAUAUAGGCUUCAAAUUGAUUCGGAAAUAAAUGACCCAAAAGUUCGCUGGAAUUUUCGUAAUGGACAUUAUGAUAUGUCAGUGCCUGUCUACUGUCAUCUACGUGAACGGGAAUGGAGAAAGAAAGCACUUCCAAAAUUGAUGGAACGAAUAACACAAAUGUAUGUAAUACCUGACGUGUUUCCGACGCUUGAUCCUACUAUCGACCUUCGGAUCAGUUUCUUAUCGCCCAUUGAACCGGGUACAGAGCGUCAGCCUGAAUUGACAUUAACCAGUUUCCAUCAAGAUACACGGUUAUAUACUCUAUUCAUGGUUGAUCCAGAUAUGCCCGAUGUAGAAAGAAAAAGUUUCAAGACACAAUGGCAUUGGUUAAUCACAAACAUUCCACUAAGUGCCACAAAGCAUACAAUUUCCGGGGGUACUACUCUCCUCGACUACAUCCCUCCGCAUCCACCAAAAGGCACGCCAUACCAUCGAUACACGAUCGGGGUAUUACACCAACCAAACGAUCAUGAGCUUGAAAUAAAGCAGCCUCAUCGAUGGAUGAAUGUUCGUGAGUUUAUGCAAGAAUAUAGGCUCGAGCUAUGUGGUGCCUCCUUUUUUCGUGGGGAAUGGGAUGAGAAUGUCAGUAUUCGUGAACCGAUCUAUGGACCAAAACCUACCCCUAAUUUGUAUUUGGACGAAACUGGAAGAAGACCACCCAAAUAUCUUAAUUUAUAG